GAAACGCCACUGAUUCUUGUGUAGAUUAAUCUGGCGCGAAACCGUUGUUUUAAAAAUUGCAUAUUUCGCGAAUUGUUGUGUCACAUAAACCACAUGGACUUUGAGUGUAUUUUAAAAGCACUAAAGCAGUAAGAUACAACUGUCACAGAAAUGGCCUCUGAUAUAUUCUCCUCCGAAAAGGCAAAGAAGCUGUUGCAAGGAAAGUUUAUAUACUUCUUUGGCGACUCAAAUACCCGUGCAAUCUAUAAAGAUCUUUUGUGGCUACUAGAAGAUGGAAGGCUUAUACCUGAUGAUAGAUUAAAACGGAAAAAUGAAGAAUCGCACGCCAACGAUAUACGAACUUCGAACGGAAAGCUUCACAACGGAUGUGAUUACGACGAGAGAAGAGAAUAUCUCGAAAGCUGUAUUAUAAAGUUUCAAUUUAUAACAAAGCUAUACCAUCCAGCUCUUGUGGCUAAAAUUAAUAAUUUAUCUAUACAGCCCGAUGUAAUAGUUAUAAAUAGCUGUGUAUGGGACCUGACCCGUUGGGGAAGCACAGACAGUGUAGAGCAAUUUAAGAGCAAUGUGCACGACACUUUCAAACUAUUCAAUACGCUCCUACCUUCAACACGAAUCAUUUGGAUUGCAACGUUGCCACCCGCAUUUAAAAGUAAAGGAGGUUUUUUGACCAAAGACAUCGAGUUUAUGAGAAAUAUGCUACCGUGGCACAUAGCAUAUGCAAAUCAAUAUGUUGCCAACAUAGCCAAAUCUUUCUCCAUCGAUUAUUUAGAUAUGCAUUACUACUGCAAAUUUUUAUUGAACUAUCACACUCGUGACGGUAUACAUUGGGAGCCACCCGCAGUUCGUUACAUGACAAAUUUACUUCUUACACACAUUUGUUUAUCAUGGAAUCAAACUCUACCUGGCGUCAUUUCGUUGGAUUCUAAGUUUUUCUUAAAAUCCCAAUUUAUCAAUCCGCAAUCACAGAAGAAACCACAGCCCUUUCGAAAUAUUUCGAAUAAUCGAAACAAUUUUAAAGCGGCCCGUAAUACAAAAAAUAAAAGGAAGAGAAAGAAUGUACAUAUUCAAGGGAUGUAUUCGUUUUGAUAGUUUUACUGACAAUUUUUUCACAAAAUGAACAAUGUGUAUAUAGGUUUUUUAUUUUUUACUUUAGUUUGAUUUGUAGAAUUUGUUGUUAUGUUUCUGAAACUGUCAGGCUCUUUUGUGUUAACAUUUGACCAUAAUGAAUAGACAUGCAUAACUGGUGUUUUAA